UUAGUUCAACUACUGCGUUGGCCAGGGUGUGGGCUUCCUGCUUAUGGAGAUAUUAAGCCCUCUGGCUCGACUGCGAGCGUCUUUUCUUACUCUUGGACGUUCGCUGUCAUCAUCUCAUAUACUCUUCGGUCGCAGCAUGGCCUCUGAAUCUGUAACGCGCUUUGAUUUUCUGGUGAUUGGCGGAGGAUCCGGAGGGCUGGCCGGCGCGCGGCGGGCGGCUGAACUCGGUGCCACUGCAGCCGUGAUCGAAAGUCACAAACUCGGAGGUACCUGCGUGAACGUUGGUUGUGUUCCUAAAAAGGUAAUGUGGAACACAUCCACCCAUGCAGAGUACCUCCAUGAUCAUGAAGACUAUGGAUUUGAGGGAGCAAAAGCACAUUUCAACUGGCAACUCAUUAAACGCAAAAGGGAUGCUUAUGUUAGUCGCCUGAACCAGAUUUACCGGAACAACCUUGACAAGGCCAAAAUUGAGUCCAUUCAUGGAUAUGCAAGGUUCACAGAUGAUCCUGAACCUACUGUUGAAGUUAAUGGAAAAAAAUACACAGCUCCUCAUAUCUUAAUCGCCACUGGUGGCCACCCGUCCACUGUCAGUGAAAAUGAUGUUCCAGGAGCCAGUUUAGGCAUUACCAGUGAUGGAUUCUUUGAACUUGAGUCUUGCCCUAAGCGUAGUGUGAUAGUUGGGGCAGGAUAUAUUGCUGUGGAGAUGGCUGGUAUCCUUUCCACUCUAGGGUCCAAAACGUCCAUCAUCAUAAGACAAGGAGGGGUACUGAGGAACUUUGAUGCCUUGAUAAGCUCAAAUUGCACGAAAGAAUUGCAAAAUCAUGGUAUUGACUUACGGAAAAAUGCUCAGGUGAGGUCAGUGCAGAAGACUGACAAAGGCCUUUCUGUUACGCUGGUGACAAAAGACCCUGACGACAAAGAUGCACAGGAGAAGUGCGACACCAUCCAUGAGGUGGACUGUCUGCUCUGGGCUAUUGGCAGGGAACCCAACACCGCUGGCCUCAAUCUCAGUUCAAUAGGUGUGAAGCUUGAUGAAAGGGAGCAUAUCGUGGUGGAUGAGUUCCAGAACACCACUCGUGCAGGUGUCUAUGCAGUUGGGGAUGUUUGUGGGAGAGCUCUUCUUACACCUGUUGCUAUUGCUGCUGGCAGAAAGCUUGCUCACCGGCUGUUUGAGGGCAAAGCAGACUCCAAAAUCGAUUAUAAUAAUAUCCCUACUGUUGUGUUCAGCCACCCCCCUAUUGGCACAGUGGGACUAACUGAAGAUGAAGCAAUCAAGACCUGGGGAAAGGACAAUGUAAAGGUUUAUACCACUUCUUUCACCCCCAUGUAUUAUGCCAUCACCACUCGAAAGAGUCAGUGCAUAAUGAAGUUGGUGUGUGCUGGCAAAAAUGAAAAGGUGGUUGGUCUCCAUAUGCAGGGUUUUGGCUGUGAUGAGAUGCUUCAGGGUUUUGCUGUGGCCGUUAACAUGGGAGCUACUAAAGAAGACUUUGACAGAACCAUUGCCAUCCACCCGACGUCCUCAGAGGAGCUAGUAACACUGCGCUAAUCAAGUGUUCAUAUCCCAACACGAAAGAAUUGUUCCAAUCUAAACAAAAAAUUUCUUUGACUAUUCUCCCAACAUUAAUAUUUUGUAAUGACAAGAAGCAUAUAUUUGGUUUGUUAUAUAUCUGGGGUCAUGUAUUAUCGCCAGUGAUUAAGAAAGACACAUUACAACCGUUCAUCAAGCUGUGUCUCUUGUACAUUGCAUUGUUGUACCCCAUCACUCCGAUUUUUGAUGGGUAUUAUUCUUUGAUUGGAACAGGGUCAGAUGAAGGCUUGAAGCUAAAAGUGAAAUUAAAUCUGUUUAUAGUCAAACACUGUUGGCUUUACCUUUACAUUUUUGGAAAGUUGGAUUCAGAGAGUUGGUUUCAGUAGUAGAGGGUAGUAAAUAGGGCUUACUCAAUAUAUGUAAAAUAAAAUUGUGGAUAUGCACAGUUCAGCACUUGGGCAUAGACCCUGAAUACAUUUACAAAACAAAUUUGUGUAUUUGUGUGGUUAAUUGAUCUUUUCUUAAUAUAUGUAUUGACAUUGUCAAUAUACUUUUAAUAAACCUGUAUAUAACCUACAAUAAAACUUAUAUUGACAAUUUGUCAAUUCUUCAAAA